AUGUCAAGGGAUUCCCCAGAUACAGUUUCAAACACCUCUUCAGUUACCGUGGAGAAGUCUCCUGGUUUCCAAAGUUAUCUAAAUAACGAUGGAAUCGAUGAAUUACAGCCCACCUUGAGAAAGCACAGGGUUAGUUCUUUGUCGUUGUCAGACUUGAACCAAUGGCAAACUGGCUUGACAAAGUUAUCUUCAACAACUUCUUUGAACAAGUCAUCUUCUCAAAAUUUGAGAAAGGUGGAUUCUUUGGCUAAAUUGUCAAGAAACUCUUCAAUUAUUAAGAGAAAGAAGAAAGCGAUAGUUGAUCAUGUUAGAGUGGCUUCUUAUGCGUUUUGCUUUGACAUAGAUGGCGUUAUUUUGAGAGGUCCAGACACAAUUCCACAAGCCGUUAAAGCCUUGAAGUUAUUAAAUGGGGAAAACAAAUAUAACAUAAAAGUUCCUUAUUUAUUUGUAACCAAUGGGGGCGGUAAGCCAGAAAGCGCUAGAUCUGAAGAUUUGUCAAGGAGAUUGGAUUGUACUAUUACUCCUGACCAAAUAAUUCAAGGUCAUACUCCCAUGAAAGAUUUGGUAGGUGUGUAUGAAACGGUGCUUGUUGUGGGGGGUGUUGGAAAUGUUUGCAGAAAUGUUGCUGAAUCUUACGGUUUCAAAAAUGUCUAUACUCCAUUGGAUGUGAUGAAAUGGAAUCCAGCGGUUUCGCCUUACCAUGAUCUUACUGAAGACGAAUUAAAGUGCUGCAAGGAUGCAGAUUUUUCAAAGAUCAGUAUUGAUGCUAUUUUGGUAUUUGCUGAUUCUAGAAAUUGGGCAGCCGACCAACAGAUUAUCUUAGAAUUGUUAUUGAGCAAAAAGGGUGUUAUGAGUACUGAGUCGAAAACAUUUGACGAGGGGCCAUCCAUUUACUUUGCACAUUCAGAUUUUAUUUGGGCUACUAACUACAAGCUUUCAAGAUAUGGGAUGGGGGCCUUGCAGGUAUCAAUUGCUGCUUUGUACAGAGAACAUACCGGCAAGGAGUUGAAAGUCAACAGAUUUGGUAAACCACAAAAGGGUACUUUUCAAUUUGCGAACAAGAUUUUGACUAAAUGGAGAAAAGGAGUCUUGGAUGAACAUUUAAAGAAAUUGUCUAUCAAUGACCCAAAUGCAGAAGAUGCAGAUAUUUUGAUCAACGAGAGAGGUGAAGAAAUUAUUAAUCAGCAGAAACUAGAAAGUUACAACUAUUCAGAAUCAGAAUCUGAAGAUGAUGACCUCGAACUAAAGGACUUGAAGAAGCAGGCUAAGAAAUUGGCGGUUGAAAAAUCCGAGUCUAUUACUUUAGAGUUACCUCCUGCUUCAACAGUUUACUUCGUCGGCGAUACUCCAGAAAGCGAUAUAAGAUUUGCAAAUUCCCAUGACGUUUCAUGGCACUCCAUUUUGGUGAAAACUGGUGUUUAUCAAGAGGGUACCGUGCCAAAGUAUAAGCCAAAGAAACUUGUUGACACUGUUUUGGACGCUGUCGAAUACGCAAUUGAAAGAGAACAUGAAAAGGAGUUGUUAGAAUGGAACGAAACGGCUGAUGACCUUGAUGAUGAUGCUAAGUUGAACUUCAACGAUUUGGUUAUGACACCAAGUGAUAGAAGCAGGGAAGGUUCAAAAGUCAGACCUUCAAAUUCAAUUUUGGAACACGAGGCAGUGGAAGUUCCGGUGGUUUUAAGUGAGGAAAUUAAGAAGGUGAAGGAUGUUGGAAUUAGCAAAUGA